AUGUUUGUGUACGAUGGCGCCCAACCGGGAACUCCACGCUCAGUUCACAAUCAUCCACCAGCGAACGCGAGUAGAACAUCGAGUCUCCGGCUUUCCCCGACUCCGAGCUCCAGGACGCUCGACGAUUUCACGUUUGCGAAGCCCGCUCUUCCGUCUCGUUCGAUGCAAAUGGCAACGAACGAUCUUCAAGGUCCAGAUGAAGCUCAAACGCGGCCAGUAGCUGAGCCAGCUUUUACCGCGUACGAAACAACAAGCUUUGGUAACGCUCCUCCGAGUACCACUUUGCCAGAGCCUGUUGGAACUGGUCGGUAUCAACCGAUGCAUGCGCCAUCUUCGCCCCCACCCGCUUCACCUCGCCGAUUAUCCGCUGGCCCAUCUCAGAAACGGGUCAAUAACUGCGGCGGUUCUCCGAGAUUUGACCUUUACUGUCUUCUCACGGCUAUGGUUGCCAGCGGACUUUGCGCAGUCGCUGUUUACGUCCUCUUCGCGUCUGCGCAGCAAUGUUUGCCAACCCUCGCCAUGGACUCUGGAAAUGUCGCUCCUCCGCUCAACCAUGCUCGCCGACGUCGAUCUCUCACCAGGGAUGAUUGCAUUUGCUCCUGCUCGUUCGACCCCCGCGAUAAGGGCUGGCUUAUCUCCCUUGAAACAUCAAAGCCCCUUCCUACCUGCGACGUUGAGAAUUACACCAUCUCCGUCAACGGGAAGAAGGUGGCAAAUCCUGAUCAAUUGGAGUUGGAAUUCGCUCGGGAUUUGCUUGAUCUCUUGAGCGCUGUUCUUCUGAAAGACGAAGAAAACGCUCAUCACGACAACGGCAGCGCCGGUAACUCGGAACCGAUGACAUCCACAACUGCACUCCAGACUACUUCCCGCGCUCCAACCACCACAUUCGCCCCUGCUGUCGGUGAACAGGACGAGAUCGUCGUCGAUGAACAGAAGGAGAUCGACGAUCUUUUUGUCAAUCCCGAAGUUGCGAUUCUUGAACCGCUUGGAGAAAUUGACAUCGGAAGUGGCGACGAUUUCUGGGGCUCCGUUCCAGCAGUUGAGUACACUCUUCCCAUCGACGAAAACGAAGAAUUCUAA